CCUCUUUACACAGCAGGGAAGGAAAGGGAAUACCCAGGAUGCAAUGCUCGUUUGGGAGAACUUUGGAUCAAGAAAAGGUGUUGUUUUUUGUGGAGUCUUUUUUGAUCAUGGUCCUUAUGGACAUAUGGUUGCAAAAAGAGUGAGGGAUUCUCUCCCAUUGAAAUUAAGUGCACUCUUGGAAGUCAGUACCAAAAGUGAUGAUGUCCCUAUGGACACGAGUCUAAGUACAAAAGAGAGCAUAAAUUCUGAGAGUGCUUCCUUUUUAUAUACUGAUGAAGUCAAAGUUCAUACAAGCAGGGAUAUGUUUCAGACACUGAAGGAAUCCUUUUUGACGUCUUUUAGCAUAAUGGAUCUAGAAUUGAAAACUGCGAGUAUUGAUUCCUUUAGCAGUGGGUCAACUGUUGU